AUGGCCUUCAAAAGCGGGUCGUUCGCGACCUUCCUCAUCGUCUGCCCAACCUGUUUCUUCCUGGGCAUUAUCUUCUCCCUCUUCCCCUAUGACUACCCGAUCCUGUGGUCCACCGUGACUACCCCAGCCGCGCACUAUGACUACCUCGAAGCACACCUCCGCUUCCUCCACGCCUCGCCCCCACUCAUCCCACGCAUCCUGCACAUCGUCAUCUUCCUCGGUCUGGCCGGUCUCCUCGCCAAACUCUUCAAGCCCUCCGAGUCCAACAUGCUGUUUGACGGCGCCUCGCUGGUCCUCUACAUGUGCGGCGUGACAGUCUACAUCGCCAACAUCGUCAAGGGUCUGCGCCUUGCGACUGCCGGCCAGUAUGGCGCCGCCCUGGCCACCAACGCCGAAGAGAAGGAACAGAUCCUCGACCGUGAGGACUCGCUCAAGGUUCUCUCUGCUAGCAAUACUAUUCUCGCGCUGGUCCUUGUCGGUAUCUUGGUGCUGCAGGCUGGACAGUGGUAUGCGGAGCGCAAGGAUGCUCAGGAAGAUGAGUCCUUUGCUACCAAGAAGGCUGAGAAGGAGUCUGGUGAGGCGACUGCUGCUUCUUCCGGUGCGUCGACUGCGACUGCUGGUAAGCCUGGUCGACAGGGUAGCCAGCGGAAGAAGAACAACUAA